GCCGCGCGUGCGCAGAGCCUUCCUCCGCGCCGGCCGCGCCCCCGCCCCUCUCCGUCUUCUCCACCCCGGGAGCAGCUGCCCUGCCUUGGCCCCUCACCCCUGAAAAUGUAUGCCUGCUCCAAGUUCGUCUCCACCCGCUCCUUGGUCAGGAGCACCUCCCAGCUGCUGAGUCGUCCACUCUCUGCAGUGGAGUUGAAGCGACCACAGGUGCCAGCAGAUGAGGGACCCCGUAGCCUGGCAGUUCAGCGGCCGCUGACCUCGCUCAUCUCCAGCCGCAGCUUUCAGACCAGCACCAUUUCAAGGGACAUCGACACAGCCGCCAAGUUCAUUGGGGCUGGAGCUGCUACAGUUGGGGUGGCUGGCUCCGGGGCCGGGAUUGGGACUGUUUUUGGGAGCCUCAUCAUUGGCUAUGCCAGGAACCCUUCACUGAAGCAGCAGCUCUUCUCAUACGCGAUUCUGGGCUUUGCCCUCUCAGAGGCCAUGGGGCUCUUUUGCCUAAUGGUGGCCUUUCUCAUCCUCUUCGCCAUGUGAACCAGCUGUCUGCACUGUCUCCGCUCCCACCUCCCACAGUUCUUUUGUGUCCCGGCUGCCCUGUAUGCUCCUUUUCCUGUUACCUCCCCAGGAAGUCUUGGGGAAGUGCUCGGCUCAGGGUUUGACAGAGAGAAGACAAAUAAAUACUGUAUUAAUAAGAUGUUC